UUUCCGGCAUCGCGAGAGCGUGUCAGUCAGCGACUCGUCGUUCGUCGUAGUUAGCUCUUUGUAUACUCCUGGGUUGUUGUUCUCUUCCGUAUUCUCGCUGCGUGAUCGAAGAGAAGAUUAAUUUCAUGCGAGAACAAAAAGCUACAUAGAAAGAUGCCGCAGAACGAAUACAUUGAGAGGCACCGUAAACUGUACGGUCGCCGUUUGGACUAUGAAGAGAGAAAGAGAAAGAGAGAGGCUCGCGCACCUCACAAACGAGCGGAGCAAGCUCGUACUUUACGUGGUAUAAAGGCCAAAAUCUUCAAUAAAGAGCGACGAAACGAAAAGAUCCAAAUGAAGAAGAAAAUUAAAGCUCAUGAAGAGAAGAGGGUCAAAGAGAAAUCUGACAAGCUACCAGAUGGAGCAUUACCUGUAUAUUUGCUUGAUCGUAAUGUUACCAAUAGUGCAAAAGUACUUUCCAAUAUGAUAAAGCAAAAACGUAAGGAAAAGGCUGGCAAAUGGGAUGUUCCGAUACCUAAAGUAAAGGCGCAGUCAGAGUCCGAAGUUUUCAAAGUACUGAGAAGCGGGAAGACGAAGCGAAAAUCGUGGAAGAGAGUGGUAACCAAAGUGACUUUUGUUGGAGAGAACUUUACAAGAAAACCACCCAAGUUUGAAAGAUUCAUCAGACCAAUGGCGCUGAGAUUCAAAACUGCGCACGUCACUCAUCCAGAAUUAAAGGCAACCUUCUCCUUGCCGCUCAUCGGUGUUAAGAAAAAUCCGAGUUCUCCUCUUUAUACGAGUUUAGGUGUCAUCACGAAGGGAACUAUUAUCGAAGUCAAUAUUUCAGAAUUGGGUCUUGUAACACAGACAGGCAAAGUAGUGUGGGGAAAAUUUGCACAGGUUACAAAUAAUCCUGAAAAUGAUGGAUGUAUUAAUGCUGUUUUGCUUGUAUAAAGUAGCACAAUUGUUAUUUGUAAACUUUUCUAAUCCUUAGGUAUUAUGACUGUAAUUUCUGAAAUAAAAAGAUCUUAAUACAUAAA